AUGCCGCGACCGCCGCAGGACGGUUUAGGGUGGGAGCAGACAACGUUUGAUUUGGUGCCAGUAUGGACGCGGGAGCCUUCAAUCGGCGCGAUUGAGAGCAUAUGCCGUCAACAGCUCAAGACGCCCUCUGAGGACCCUUGCACCGUCACCUUUCACGCAGCAGGUCUCUUCAAUAGAGUCUACCUGGUUCGCACAGCCGGGCGCUCUUUCAUCAUGCGCGUCACAUUACCUGUCUACCCUCGUCACAAAACACGCGCCGAGGUUGUCACUUUGAAGUGGGUGCGCGAGAACACCAGCGUCCCAGUUCCCAAGGUCUUCGGUUUUGACGACAGUAAUGACAAUGGGAUCGGCUUCGAAUGGAUUUUGAUGGAGUAUAUGCAGGGCACAUCGGCACGGAAGCGAUGGCGCAGCAUGUCGAUGGAGCAAAAGGUCGCGCUCACGAAGCGAUUUGCAGGAUUCCAGUUCGAGUUAUCAGGUCUCGAGAAGCCAGAAUCCACAUUCAAAGGGAUAGGGACAUUGGAUUCGCCGGAAAUAGAUCUUCAAGUCAACUCUACGGCGCCACAAACCGCGGUCGCGCCUGGGCGCCUCGUGUCCCCUGAGUUCUUCAUGGGCGAUCAUCUUACAUACGACAUUUCAAGGGGACCAUUUCGCUCGAGCUGCGACUGGCUCAACGCCAUGUUGGCCAUCAUCAUACGGCAUCAAAACUUGGUUCUAGAGAAGUCUGAGGAUGAAGACGACAUCGAAGAUGCCGAGGACAUCCUGCCAGUGGCACAAACCCUCCUCGCUCUCCUUCCCAAGAUUUUCCCCCAAGACUUGGCCAGAUCAGAAUCGUCAGCUCUCCAACAUCAUGACCUCAAUUUCAACAAUAUUCUAGUCAACGAACAAGGCGAAGUCACAGCUGUGCUCGACUGGGAAUGCGUCUCGGCACUGCCACUCUGGAUGCUGACUCAAAUGCCCAAGUUUCUUGACGGUGAGCCUCGGGAAGAUGAGCCACAGCGGAAUGUAUAUGCGGACGAGACACCGGAGGAGGCUGCCGCAGAAUCGGAUAAACGUAACGACCCAGACUACCUAGACAACGAGGGCAAGAACGAACUGUAUUGGAUUCACAAGAUGGAGUAUGAGCAGACGCAGCUACGGAAGGUGUACAGAGCCAGAUUGAAGGACUUGUGUCCUGAAUGGGUCGAGGAAAGCCCGGUGGAGAACGACUUCUACGAAGCAGUCUCGCAAUGCGAUGGGUUAUGGAAGAAAAAGGCCGGCAGAUGGGCCGAGCGUGUGGCGAAGGGCGAGUCUCCACGGUUCAAGGACGUCUAG